CAUACAUUCAUACAUAAACGUGGCAUUAACGUUAAUUAACAGUUUAUAGUUAACCGAACAGACCUCUUCUGGCUAUUUUAUUUGUUUUAUUGUUGUUUUCGUUCACCGGGAGGCUGUUUGCGAGCCGUGGAGACAUCGGUUCAACUGGACAUUUAUUUUUCGCUAGUUAGCAACGUAUUAGCUUCUUUUUUCCAUGCACGUGAACGAGGCUGGACACUACAAUGGACACCACAAUGGACUGAUGGCUGCUUCCAGCAGAGGAGAGAUGAGGAGGAGGAGAAAAAGAAGCGAGGAGGAAGAGAGGAGGAUGAUGGUGAUAGUACUACAGUCUCCUAAAUCUGGUUUACAGUCAUGCCUUUAGCGACAAAACAAUGCAGAAAAUAUGACCAGACUUCAUCAGAUUCAUUCCAUGAAGAUGAGUCCGAUAGAAUCUUUCACAUCACUGAGAGGCUUCCCAAAAUCUCUCCUUUCGCCGUGCAUCACUGUGCUCAUGUGAUUUUCCUAAGAGCACAGCAGGCGACCGCCAAAGAUCCCAUCGAAACUCUGAUGUUGGCGGCUAAGAGCAAACAAGUGGGGCAACUUGCAGAAUCUGUGCUUAAGACGUUUGCCAGCUUGCCUGAACUGUGUAUAACUGACGAUGAGAACAUCCCCAAGAAGCUCCACCGUAUCGUCAUAGAGAGGAUCUAUGAAGAGCUGCUGUCAAAUAUUGGAACUCCGUUUGCCCUCAUGGAGGCCUUUAACACUCGAUAUGAGAAGUUAGAGAAUGCCUUCACUCUGGCCUUUCUGAAUGCUGCGGCAGAUGAGGAUUUGGAGCCGUUCAUAUUUAACCUGGAAGAGGAGAGCGAAAGUGAAAUGACCGAUAUGUCCACUGAGGACAGGACAUUUCAGUUUUUUGAGAACAGCACAAGCAUGAGUAUGCUACUGACACUGAAACUCCUGGCUAAUGGUCCUCCAUACACAGUCCAUCUUGAUAAACCACCUCAGGAGUUAAUCAGUCUAAUUGUGAAUAUGUGGAAAGAUGCUCUGUGUGGAGAAGAGGCCAACUGCUUGGAGAAUCUUUAUAAAAAACUGUUCAUCGAUCAUUGUGGACAAGUUAAUGUGGAGAAGCUAUUCCACAUGAAGUUUGGUGAGAAGGACAAAGGGUUUCACGAUGACGUCAGAACCGAAAUCACAGACGCUGUGUCUCCGAAUAUCGAGGCUGACUCUGAAGCUACCAAAAAGCCGAUGAAGAAAUCGUGGCUCUCCCGCUUCAAUAUUUUCAGGAUUUUCAAAAAGAAAUCGAAGGCAUGCAACAAGACCGUGAGGAACGUCACGGAUCGGGACACAGCGAUACAAAACGCACCGAAAAGUCCAUCCAGGAGAUAUGAAAGUCCAAAGAAAAGAAGAAGUGAAACAUACACCAUCAAGUCCUUCACCUCUAGUGAAUGAAAUACUGCUCAGGAUUCCUGAACAUGGAUUCCUGUCGUGUUUCCCACGUUAUAAUUAGUUAUCAUCACUAUUUAUUAUUAUCAUUAGUGUGAUUGCUUAAGCAGAUUGCAUUGCUAGAAUUUCUUCCACAAGUAAGGUGAGGAGAUCUGGGGUGCAGUUGGCGUUCCGGUUCAGUGGUCAGAGGUCAGGGCUCCUGUGCAGGACGCCGAAAGUUGCAGAUACAGUGGAGGCCGAAGAGGACAUACAAGAUCUUCCAGAAUAAUUUUAGGAAAUUUAUGCAAAACUAUCUAUAUAAGGUGGCCUGUGGUAUUUUUAUAUCAUUUGUACAGAUGACAAAGGGUUAGUUUAGAGCACCCUUUGCUUUAUCUUGUGCAAUGUUGUAUUGUUUUCUGUGGUAAAGCCUUUGCCUUGGUAGAUGUGUGUUUAUAAAGAAGUCAUUACGCUGCAGUAUUAAUGCUGAACCCUUCUGCUGCUGUACACUCUAUAUCUACUGUAAUAAUUCAUAAACACAGGUAUAUUACCUUAGCACUAAUACGAACAAGAGCAGCUCGAUUUCAAACAGGAGGCCUAACUGCUAAGAGAAUGGCACAAUCAAGGGAAGUUGAAACCUGAUUAGCAGUCGCUGCCAGUCCUUCUACACUCGCGUAUCGUUUUUAAUAUCCGACUGCAAAUACUGAAUCCCAUUUUCCAUCCUACUGACAGCAAGCAGCCGUUUAGUGCGUAAUCUGGGAAGCGGCUAAAAGUAAUCAAAGCAAUGAUUGAAUAAUUAUCUCAAGUGCAAUUAAUUAAACAUGCCAAUGAACUCAUCUUGAACAUCUGUCCUGGUUGCGGUUCUUAAUCGCUCGUGAGAAUAAGCGGACGGCGAAACGGGGCGAAGCAGAUUGCGUGCAAUCAUCUCCAUAACUGCCAUUGUUUACCAACAAUAAUUAAUAUCGCGUCAUGUAUAACUAAGCUCUGUAGCUUUGUAAUGACCGUGCGGAAAUAAGCAGCUUUUGUGUGCACGCUCAGGAGCGUGUGCGAGACAGCCAGAGGUCAGACUGGCAUUCAGUAGUAGCCAUAUGCUGCUACAAGAUGCAUUUUAUGUCGGUUUUUCUUUCUAUCCAUCAUUUCUUUUUUUGGAACAGAUAUUGCUUGGUGCUGGUGGGAUGCUUGUUUACACAGACAGGCCGGCCUGCAGCGUUUCGUAAAAAGACCCACGAGUGCAAUUAGCAAGUCAACAUUAGUCACAAUCACGCUCAUAUGCCUUGUUCAUUUGAGGUCUGUUUAAGAUACACACACAUACACACACACACACACACUGGUUAUCUUUUCAGAGCUCCGUCAUCGAGCGUCGCUAGGCUAAAAAGUAUUUUAGUCACAAUUUCUAUAUACUGUAUAUAUGAAGACAAUAGCUGCUGUGAUGAAGGAUUUAGGAAAUUAUAAUCAUAUGAUACAUCUCUUGUUGGGAGUGGUCUCUUCUAGCAUGACUCCGCCCCCUCCACGAUGCACAAGCGCUCACUGGAUAUAUAGGUAUACGUAGAUGAAGAAUGUGAAUCCAUACACUAUGGCUUUAGUAGAAAGAUUUAGUAGACAGAGCUCUUUAAAACCAUCAUCAAAACGCAGGCUUACUUAAGGAGCUAUCUUCUGGAAGAUGAGUGUAGCACACUCUUGAUUGCCUGAAACUUUACUAAAUGGUUUCGUUUGCUGGUGAUGUGGAAGAUUUGAGAGUCAUCUUUGAGCAUUGUGUCUAAAAAAAAAGGAUUCCACAAAAACAAAAGACAAAAUACGAUCCAGUCUGAACUAAAACAAUUAUUAUCUUCAGCAAGAGUGAAAUAGAAAACCAGGGACGGCAGCCGAUCACCUUUCACCCUUUUUCCCGGUAAAACCGAGACGUGCAGGGAGUAUUAAUAACCCAUCUGAACUCCCGUCUUUAAAAGAGAGCCGCAAUUACACGUCCGCGUGCCGGAGAAAGACAUAAGGGGGUGCGAGGAUGCCGACGGCUUUCGAAAAGAUCGCUCCGAUAUCAACAAUUUGCUCCGUUAAUGUCUCUCUGAUGACAACUGAUACAUAACUGAUGACGGUGCUCGAGACGCUUUUAAGAUGACGCAAAGAGCGCGAUGGGAGAUCGUCGAGCUCAACGUGUCAUUUCCUACAUACGUUAUGGCUUCCUGCCGUGGAGAGGAAAGACGCCGCAAGUUUGUGGAAAGCGUCAUUACAUCCGUGAAGCAGAUCUACUAUGUCAC